AUGCUACUCUCCCUGGCUCUUGUAUCUGCUUUCGCUCAAUGGUUCGCCAAAGCCCAAACCCCCGCCCCUUCUGGUCAAUUCAACGUUCUCUCUAUGAAUGUUGCGGGCCUGCCCGCGAUAUUGAAUGGAAACGGAGAAGGCAACGACGCGACUAAGCAGAAUAACACGCGACUCAUCGGCACAAACAUGGCAAAGCUCAACUACAGUGUGAUCCACGUUCAAGAGGACUUCAACUAUCACGCUUAUUUGUACUCGACCGAUACUCAUCCUUUCAGAACCGCAACCUCUGGAGGUGUCCCAUUCGGCUCCGGAUUGAACACGCUUUCCAACUUCCCCUGGUUCUCUGAUGUUAUACGUGUGAAAUGGAAGAGGUGUUCCGAUGCAUCUGAAAAUGACUGUUUGACUCCCAAAGGGUUCACCUUCAUGCGCAUCAGAUUCGACGUUGGCACAUACAUUGACUUUUAUAACCUCCAUGCCGACGCGGGGACAGAGGCUGGCGACGAGACAGCUCGAGCUGCCAAUCUACAACAAGUUGCGGACUACAUCGAUACCUGGUCUACAGGCAACGCCGUUUUGGUCUUUGGAGACACGAAUGCGCGAUACACGCGCGUUGGCGACGGGAUUCGUAUAUUCCAAACGCAGAAUGGGAUGUUGGAUGGAUGGGUAGAAAGCGUGAAAGGUGGUGUCUAUCCAACACUCAACACCAGUGCCCUUGUUUGCAAUGACGGGGUGCCAACAAACACUAGCUGUGAGGUCGUCGAUAAGAUUCUUUAUCGAUCCAACAAACUCAUCUCCCUAACCAACCACGGAUUUUCUUACGAUACGGCUAGAUUCCUGAACUCUACCGGUGGCAUGCUGUCUGACCACAAUCCCAUUCGUGUUGACUUCGAUUGGGCAUUGGCCCCGACUUGGCGACAGUCGGAUCUUCAAGGAGGGCCACAUGGCGAUUGGUUCAAUGAUCUUCCCAAUGUACCCAACGGCGCGAAAACAAAAACUUUAACUAUCAGAGGCGGUUCCAGACUAGACUCCGUAGCUCUGACUCUCACCAAUGGUCAGUCGUUUGUUCAUGGAGGCACUGGCGGCACUGCUGUCUCUCUUACACUUGCCGCUGGAGAGAAUAUCAUCGCAGGCACUCUGUGCUGGGACAAAUUCAACGGUGACACGCGAAACUUCUAUGCCUCAUUCCAGACUUCUGGAGGUCGAGUACUCAAGACUGGUGCUCAGACAUCUCAGUGUGCAACGAUGACAGCGCCGACAGGCUUUAGUAUUGUAAGCGGGACACCAAGCGCGACGAACACAGGGCCAUCACAGGCUCAGAAAAAACCAGCGACAAGGGCAAACUCGCCCAAAGAGUACAUUUACAUGAACAAGAAACAACUCUACGAGUGCGGACAAGAGAAAGGAGCAUGGGAAACAGCCACGGCGCAUGAGGCAUGCGAAGGGCUACACCAGAAAGGUGCGUUCAUCACCGACUACGAAGAAGGUGUCACCCCUAGCGUGCAACAAAUUGCGAUGACGGUGCUGCGAAUGGGGGCGGACCUGCAGAGCCGGGACGUCAACAUGGCCUGGUGCUGCAGAGCAGUAGCGAGGCUGCUGGACGAGGUAGCGAAAGACGCAGCGGAGGCGAUGGACAGAAAGAUGAACAGGGUGCUCGAGAUUCUCGAGGAGACGGGGGACAACAAGGAGGGGGAUGGAGGAGUUGCUGAGACGCAUGGAGACAACGGUACUGGAGACGUUGGAAAGGGCGGAGGAGACGGGCAGGGAAAGAGAGACGCCGAGGGGUUUCGUAUGCGGCUGCAGCAGCCAGAGCAAGCGCGAAAAACGAGGGACCAGAUAGAGAUGAUAGGCAAGGCCAACGAGAGGGAGCAGCAGUUGUGGAUUGAAGGGGCAGCGGUCGAAGGCUUGUCGGAAAAGGAAAUGGUGGAGAAGGCCAAAUACGCGAUCGAGCAUGCAGCAGAGGACGAAAGAGCGCCGGAGUGGGUGAAAGUACUGGCAGCAAGGAGGGUGAAGAAUGGGGCCCUGCUCCUCAGGAUGGCGUCAAGAGAGGCGACCGAGUGGGUGAAAGAAAGAAUGGAGAGAUUCAGCACAGGGAUGGGAGGAACAGCGCGAUACCGAGAAAGGCUCUACGACGUCGUAGUGGAGUUCGUCCCCAAGACCAUAGCGCCCAUCGGAGAGUACACCCUUAGGGAGCUGGAAGACAACAACAACAUGCGCAGAAACGACAUUGGAGCAGCGCGCUUCAUCAAACCCGAGGAACGGCACAGACCAGGACAAAAAAGUCGCCCACAUGAUAGUGGGCUUCCGCAGACCAGAGGCGGCGAACAGGUUCUUAGCGCAUGGCAUGUUCGCGGAGGGGAAGAAGGUACAGGGGAGGAAGAUGCUUACAGAACCAAUGAGGUGCCUCAAGUGCCAGAAGAUUGGCACAGGUCACGUGGCCGCGACAUGCCCAGCGAGAGAGGACACGUGCGCAAGAUGCGCAGAGAAGCAUCGAACGGGCGACUGCACAGCCGGGGAAGGGGAGAGAAAGUGCGCGAACUGCGAGGCAGCGGGAGACGAGAUGGGCUGCAGGACACAUGGGGCAGCGGACCGACAGUGCCCAGUCUUCGCAGAGAAGCUGAAGAACGCGCUGGAAAGGAACCCGGACGCGAAAUACACAUUCUUCCCCGUGCCAGAAGACAAGACGACGUGGCUAGAGGUUGGGAAGAACACCAUAGAAGAAGAGUAUGA